AUAUUGUAGGUAUUGCAGAAACAAAUUGUACAGAAAAUAAAGAAAAAUGGUUCAUAGAAGGAGGAAAUAAAUAUAGAGAACAUUGGUUAUCUGAUGGAAUGGGAGCAGUAAUAGUAAUGGGUGACUUCAAUGCUGUACCAUCGCCAAGUAUAGAUAGAAAUAACAAUAACCAAUCUAACAUCCCAGAGAGUGAAAUUUUCUCAAUAUUAAUAGGAAAAGACUUAAUUGACAGUUAUAGAACCAUACACCCUGAUUCCAGCAAAUGUUUCACAGAACAACUUGAAUUAGUGACAAAAAGUAAUCAUAAAAUAAUACAACUUAAAAUUAAAAAGACGUGGCAAAUACAUUUAGAUAGAGAA